GAUCACGGAAAGACAUCUUUAACAGACAGCUUGAUCGCCACAAAUGGCAUCAUAUCACCAAAACUGGCGGGCAAAAUCCGCUACCUGGAUUCCCGGCCAGAUGAACAGCUACGAGGAAUCACGAUGGAGUCUUCGGCCAUCUCCCUGUAUUUCUCGAUGCUACGGAGAUCUGCUCCCGAAGGCACCCCUGACAAGCGGGAGUACCUAAUCAACCUGAUCGAUUCCCCCGGCCACAUUGACUUUAGCAGCGAGGUAUCCACUGCCUCACGGCUCUGUGAUGGCGCUCUAGUUCUGGUUGAUGCGGUAGAGGGCGUGUGCAGUCAAACAGUUACUGUCCUACGGCAUACAUGGGUGGAACGGCUAAAGCCCAUUCUUGUUAUUAACAAAAUAGAUCGUCUAGUGACCGAACUGAAAUUGACACCCCUCGAGGCAUAUUCCCAUCUUAGCAAGAUCCUAGAACAGGUGAAUGCCGUGAUAGGGAGCUUCUACCAGGGAGAGCGCAUGGAAGAAGACCUCCAGUGGAGAGAAAAAGUUGAAGAGCGAGUUAAAGCCGCAGCAAUAAAGGAGAAGGAUAGGUCAAAAGCCAGUGCUGAAUCCGGAAAUCAAAUCGAUGCUGAGACUGCAGAAUUUGAAGAGCGUGAUGAUGAAGAUCUAUACUUUGCUCCUGAGAAGAAUAAUGUUAUUUUUUGCAGUGCUACCGAUGGCUGGGCGUUUACAGUUCGACAAUUUGCCGGCCUUUAUGAAAAGAAACUUGGGAUCAAACGAGCUACCCUGGAGAAAGUGCUCUGGGGUGACUAUUACCUAGACCCUAAAACAAAGAGAGUCCUAGGAUCGAAACAUUUAAAGGGUAGAAGAUUAAGCCCGAUGUUUGUUCAACUUGUACUGGAGACGGUCUGGGCAGUCUACAAUGCAACUACAGGCGGGGCCAACUCUACGGGCGACCCUGCACUAUUAGAAAAGAUAACAAAGUCUCUUUCAAUAAAGAUACCCGUGCAUAUACUUCGGUCUCGCGAUUCCAGGAACAUUCUCUCUGCUGUGUUUUCUUCAUGGCUGCCACUUUCCACCGCUGUGCUAGUCUCUGUGAUUGAAUAUCUACCCAGCCCUAUAGAUGCCCAAGCGCUUAGACUGCCUGAUAUGAUUGAUGAUUCCCCGGAUGCUAGCUAUGUUGAUCCCAAGGUCCGUGAUGCCGUGGUGAAUUCCAAGGCAGGAAAAGAAGACCCAAUCCUUGGAUAUGUCAGCAAGAUGGUAUCCAUUCCCGAGAGUGAGCUACCUUCAAAAACACGCAGAACACCUGGAGGGACCAUGUCUGCAGAUGAAGCUAGGGAAAUUGCUCGACGAAAGAGAGAAGAAUUUGCCAAACUUCGGAGUGAGGCGAAUGAUGGAGAUGUGUCUGGCCUCGCAAAUGCUUUGGCAGACUCACACCUAGAGGAGGCCAAAGUAGAAGAGAAGGUGGAUCCAGAGCAUCUUAUUGGCUUUGCACGACUAUAUUCUGGUACUCUCUCGGUGGGAGAUUCAAUAUAUGUACUACCACCGAAAUUCUCACCUAUGAAUCCACGGGCUAGUCCAGAACCGACCAAAGUUACAGUCAAGGGACUGUACCUACUCAUGGGACGAGCCCUAGAGAACCUGGAAAGUGUCAGUGCAGGAGUGGUCUUUGGGAUUGCAGGACUUGAAGGACAUAUCAUGAAAACUGGCACCCUUUGCAGCCAGAUAGAUGGAGCGGUGAAUCUCGCUGGAGUGUCUUUAAGCCAUCCGCCCAUUGUCCGAGUUGCUCUGGAGCCUGUGAACCCGGCAGACUUGAAUAAGAUGAUCAAUGGACUAAAGAUGCUUGAACGAAGUGACCCAUGUGCACAGUAUGAAGUUCUGCCAAGUGGAGAGCACGUUAUUCUCACUGCAGGAGAAUUACAUCUCGAACGGUGCCUGAAGGACCUUCGUGAGAGAUUCGCCAAAUGCGAAAUACAAGCUGGAGAAUCCAUAGUGCCAUACCGGGAAACAAUUAUCAGUGCUGCUGAAAUGAACCCUCCUAAGAACCCAGACCUACCGCGAGGAACAGUUAUAGCUACAUCCGGAUCUAAACAACUCAAAAUCAAAAUUCGAGUACGGCCGCUUCCCAAAUCUAUCUCGGAGUUUCUUCUCAAACAAGCAGAGACUAUUAAACGGAUAUAUGGACGUCGAAGACACUUAUCAACGGACGCUACGAAGGAAUCAGAUGACGAUACCCCCGAGACAGAUAGUCCACAUGAAGAAGACAGAGAGGAGGGAGCCACUUCUAGUCGCAACACACUCUCUGCUGAAGACUUCAGGAAAGAAUUAGAAACUUGCUUCAGCGCGGUAAAGGAAGAUAAAGAGGUUUGGGCAAAUGCUCUGGCAAAGAUACUGGAAUUUGGCCCUAAGAAAAUAGGAGCCAACAUUCUUUUUGAUGCUACCCCUAGUGGACGCUAUGAAAAAUUAUUUGCGGACGGUUCAAAUAACAAGUCGGCUCGAGAUUCUGCGUUGUUCUCAGAUAAGAUAUCUUAUGCGUUCCAACUUGCUACAUCUCAAGGCCCACUCUGUCGAGAACCUGUUCAGGGCGUGGCAGUGUUUAUCGAGGAUGUUACACUCGAGGAGAUUGGAGAUGAAGAACAUACUCGCUUGACAGGAGAAGUAAUAAGGCUAGUACGAGACGCCGUAUGGCAGGGCUUCCUUGAUUGGAGCCCCCGAAUAAUGCUUGCCAUGUACAGCUGUGAGAUCCAAGCUACAAAAACCAUGAAAGAAGGAACGUCCUUCUUCACAAUCUUAUCCCUUCUACCAGUAGCUGAAUCCUUCGGAUUCUCAGAUGAGAUCCGGAAGCGGACGUCUGGUGCUGCGUCUCCGCAGCUGAUAUUUACUGGAUUUGAGAUGCUUGAUCAGGAUCCGUUCUGGGUUCCUGCUACGGAAGAGGAGCUUGAAGAUUUAGGUGAGUUGGCGGAUAAAGAGAAUGUGGCCAAGAGGUAUAUGGAUAGUGUUAGGAGUAGAAAGGGAUUGGUUGUGGCUGGUAAGAAGUUGGUUAAAGACGCCGAGAAGCAGAAAACAUUGAAAAGAUAG